CCAGAGAAGAGGCGGAUAACCAACAUAAUGUUUGUUAGAGUGUCUUACCUGUGUUUGGUCGGCAUAGUUUUGUUCUUGACUAUGGAGACAGUUCUUUCGGAAGAAGAUGAAAAGAAUCCUGACACCAGCGCACUUUAUAAAAGAAAGUUGAAGAGAGAGGAGGAAGACAGUAUGGAAACUCCUGACGCCAGAUCAACUUUUAAAAGAGACAGUAUAGAACCUCCUGACGCCAGACCAACUUUUAAAAGAUUGUUAAGGAGAAGAGCAAGAAAAGUGGCCUUCACUGCAUACCUCGGUAAUCAGAAAAUAAAGCGCAACAAGCAAGCCAUAAGAUACUCUCGUAUAACCCUCAACAUAGGGAGAGCGUACCGACGUGGUAUUUUCCGCGCCCCCGUAUCUGGAGUGUAUGUCUUCUUCUUCACAUCCAUGCCACAACGAGGCAAAGGAGACGCUCUUUGGUUGAUGAAAAAUGGAAGACGAGUAGUCGAGUCUGUGUCUGGAAGAGUGUCGUCAGCUUACAACAUGGGAAGUAAUAUGGCGAUCCUGUACCUUAGACGCGGCAACAAGGUUUGGGUUCAAACUUCCCCUACUUGGAAAUUCUCAAAGAUAUACAGAUACCGGUACUCAGCCAAUUCCUUCUCCGGCUUUCGCCUGUAUUAGUCAGUACUAUGACAAAAAGCUGAUGCAAAAUACAAUAAAUGAUUGAUCAUCAAAAAUAAA